ACGAUUGACAUUAAAAGGGGGAAGUGGGAAUUGGCCAACAAACGGAGAACCUGUUGUUCGCGAACGUGGAAGCGGGGAAUGUAGACGCGCGCCGUGAACGUGAAUGCCAUCAUGAACGCCAAAAGAAAUCCGCAGCAUGUGUCGAAUUUGUACAGCAACGGAGGUAAUCCCGGUACCAUAGGAAGGGACAGUCCAUCGGCACUGUUGGAAGUACUUGCGGAGGUUGCGUCUCAAACGUUACAUUCGGAAAAGAAACAUAUUAAUUCGAUGCUAACGUUGCAAUUCAAACCUAAAGCUGCGAGUAUGAAGCGAAAAGAAACGUGCUUUACCGUAUCUCAGCUCGCGUCGAUGCCUGUUUCACACCUUGUUAAGCAAUUUGCCGUUUUUACAAGCGACGAGCUCAAAAGACAAUAUUCUUACACUUGUGCAUUAGUGCCUGGUUGCCAGCAGAAAUAUACUAGUUUUGCUAGUGAAGAAAAGGCGAGAGCGUCCAUUAAAAAUCACCUAGAGGAGCAUUUAGAACAGCUAAAAGCAGAUAAAGAUACUUAUGAUACAUUUACAGCGAAGAGUAUAAACCAUAAGAAUUUCAAGACUAAUCUACAAAAUAAGAAAAGUCGGAUGCAGCAGAUAAAGAAACCUCAAGAAGCGUUGAAUAAGGAGAAUAAAGAUGUGAUAUUGGAAAAGUCCAAUUAUUUACGUAAAAUAUUUUUAAAUGAUAUUAAUAUUAAAGAGAGCGAGAAGAAAUGCUUCCAGAAAUCUGAAAGUAAGGAAGCGUCUGAAUUAAGGAAUUCUGAACAAGUAGAUAUUAAGGUACUCGGCGAUCAUAGUUAUUCUGAACGAUUAGAUGACAAGAUGCCUAAUAGGAGAGAAACGUCUCUCAGUAAUGAUGAUACAAUAGAAGAAGAAAAUAUUGUGUUGAUGGUUGUUGGUACUGAUAGUGUACAUAUGAAAGAGUAUUCUCAUGUCCACCAGAAAUUAGCUGAAAAUUGUCAAGAUUCUAAUAUCAUUUAUUCACCAGAUAAGACUCAAAUCAGCAUGGAGUCAACCAUCGAGAUAUCCACGACUACCAAGCCUAAAGGGAAAGCGAAGUUCAUUGGCACGAGCAAGGAAGAGAGGGAGAUGGCACUAGCGUAUAUAGAACGUAUCAAAAAGAAGGGUAAUCCUACAGGGAACAAUCUUCAGUGUCGCAUCUGCGACCCACCUCGUAGUUUCACAGCGCCUACAACUUUAGUGUCUCAUUAUCGGAGCCACGCCGGGAUAAAGCCGUACGAGUGUCGGAUAUGCAAAGCGGUUUUCACGAGACGGCACAGCUUGAAAUACCAUAUGUUGAUUCAUCAAAAUCAGACGCGCUUUACGUGCACGGAUUGUGGAAAGAAGUUCAGGCAUCCGUCUCAUUUUAGGGAGCAUCAACGUAGGCACACUGGAGAAGCACCGUUCGAGUGUAACGACUGUGGGCAACGGUUCAAAACCAGAAAUACUUAUAAACGUCAUUUAAAAACACGUCACAAUAAAAUUCUUACUACAUGUGGCGAGGUUUUGCAUCCUCCGGAAGAAGACCUUCAAAAAGUUCUGACUAAUCGAAAGAGGAAGGAUUGCUCUCCAGAAGCCGCAAUGAAUGCCGACAACGUCGCGUCCAAUGCGAUCGUGAAUUCGUUCGAAAACCAUGACGAAACGCAAAUUAUUACAAACACGGUAGAGGAGUAUGUUCUGAAAGAGGAUAUUGAUAGCAACAGAAAUUGGGAGGCAAACGAUGUAAUACAAAUCGAUAAAUUUGGGAGUUUCGAGAUUUGCUCGGAGUCUCAAUUGAAUAAGACUGAUGGUAUAGAGACUGAAAUAGCUGUAGAUUGUAAAUAUCUUGACAGGGAGAGCAGCAAUGCGGAAUGCACUGACGGUAUAGAGGACGGCCUGCUGCUUAAAAAUCCUUUUUACGAUAAUUUAAGAGUAACUGACAAUGACGAGAAUCACGUUGUCUAUCAGCACGACAUUGAGGAUCAGAUUUAUGAGUGUAGUAAUGAAGUAAACUGCGAAGUAAAUUGUAACAGUGAACCGUCGAAGGGAGAAAGCGAGCAAGGUGUGGACGAAGAUGUGAUGGAGCACGAAGUAAGUACCGAUUUUCCGGAAGAGCAAGACGGAGGCAAUUUGCAUGUGUUGCAAGAAUCUACGCACGAUUAUCAUAAGAAGAUAUGCAAUGGUGAUACGCAAGAAAACGAAAGCGUAGCGUAUAGGAAUUUAAGGACGGCGCAAACGGAAGCUACAAGUUCCAAUGACGAUGAUCAAAAGAACGAAAAUGAAAAAUUCGAUGUACAUGUCAUCGUGCGGGACGAUGUCGCGAGCGAAAAAUCGAUUAAAUACAAUACUUUUGAUACUGAAAAUAAAGAACAUCCGGGAAAUAGCAUCUUCUGCGCGCAGGUUAUAUAUAAUAUUGAUAUUUUGCAAGCGUUCGGCGAAGCCGGCGACGGGAUCACUACGGAAAAUCAAAAUAACGUGCUGCAAGAGAGCGAGUGCGUGAUUCAGUCCGUCGCGACCGAUGUGGUGGAAAUUGUAAAUGUUCUUACGAAAGAUUCUGAUGAGGCAAGUCAGGCGGCCGAUCAACGGCAAAGUCAUCAGUAUUUAUACGUCCGUUCCGAACAGUUAAGUAAAUUAAUCGCUCAGAAUAAAUACGUAACCAUACCGCUGCAUCAGUUCAAGCUGUGCCGCGAUCACGGAUUGCAGGCGAAAGUGGACAAUCAGCGGUCGAUAUACAUCAUAAACGAGGACAUACGAACGAUUAUGCAAGUUGAGAGGCAAAACGCGAUUCUAGUUUUAUCUAGUGAUAGCUGCAAGAGUAGCAUUUUUCAAAUUGACAAGAAUAGCAUUAUCGUCAAAGCUCUAAAGAGAUAGAUUGGUGUGUGCAAAAGUAAUAAUAUUUGUAUAAUAAGAUGUGUAAAGUUUAACGUUGAAUCACAUUCAGAAUAUAUUUUGUAACAUAGCGAUGCGCUGACACAGUCGAUUUGAGAUACAUAUGCAAUAAUCUUUGUAAUAUAUAAUAAUCUUAGGGAGAACUAAUAAUACACAAUAUAAACGCUACAUAUUCUUGCUUGUAUAAAUAUCUAGAAAGCAAAACCAAAUAGACGUAAUCGUGUUUCUCAUUUUUUACUAUGAGAUAUAAUUAAUUAGGGGAUAUAAUUAACUUAAGGAGAAGGAAGUAAACGGACUAACGGAAAUGUCCUUGUCAAUUUGACAGACGAUGCAUGGUAUUAUUAUUGUAAGCAAUGAAAAUUAAUAGGGCGCUGGCAUUUGUUUUACUGAUUGUAAGAAAUUAUAUAUAUAUAUAUAUAUUUUUUUUUUAAUAUGUUAUCAGCUUGUAUAUUGAGUGCGAUAAUUACCUGCAUUUAUUAAGUUUUGAAAGUAUUCAAAAUUCAAUUUUUGCAAUCUUCAUAAUUUUCAUUCUUGACAUGUACGGAAAAUAAAUAGUUUCACAUCUA